AUGUCCGGUCUCAGCAGGGAAAACUCCUUCUCCCAACCGACGUCCCCUCUUUCAUCGCGGCGACCGAACCUCGAGCGACAUGUAUCCCUUGGAGCCGAUGAGCGGACAGCUCUGCUCGGUCGAUCGAGGUCCAGGAUACGAUUACGCAGUGACCUACGCAGUGAGACAUCCUCGCCUAAACGCGCGGGGGAUAUUGCGAGGCACGGGGUAUACACAGGUGGCCCUCAUGGCCCUCGUUCACGUCAUCACAGCCGACAUCCAUCCUGGGGCUCCAGGAUCAUUCAUGCUCUAUCCGACCGACAGCAGUCAAUUUCGGGCCCGUUCAAGGAGUCUUCCUCAUUCGCGGACGACCGCGUAUGGUACGAUCAGUUCACGAGUACAGACUGGGUUCACGAUACCAUUGCGGACUCGUACCGCGUAAAGGCGUUGCGGAGUCGCAAGGAUUUCUGGGGCCGGGUCUUGAUCAUGCUGGACGGCGUACAGGGGUGGAUACUCAGCGCUUUGUCCGGCUUCAUCAUUGCGCUUGUUGCAUAUACGGUGAGCGUUGCCGAGACUGUCGUGUUUGACUGGAAGGACGGCUACUGUGCUACGGCAUGGUAUCUCAAUGAGCAGAACUGCUGCCCGGACGGACCCUGCGAGCAAUGGAGAGACUGGGCAGAGGUGAUCAAGUCUCACCCUUUCGGUAAGGUUGGCACUGAGUACGUCAUCUACUUGCCCAUGGUGGUAGGCCUUUCCUGUGUAUCAUGCUGGAUGGCCUUGUUCACCAAGACGGUCGUGCCAUCCGCCUACCGCAUGUCUACCUUUGAUGAGAACCUAGGCGCAAGCGGGGUGCCCAUCUUGGCGGAAGACAUUCAGACCGACGAUGACGAGACCCCUCGACAGGCAGCUGUCGAGCCCGAGCCGCCCGCGCCGAUGGUCUACUAUCCCGCUGCAGGCAGCGGUGUUGCCGAAGUUCGCGUCAUUCUCAGCGGCUUCGUCCUGCACGGCUUCCUGGGCCUCAAAACCCUCUUGAUCAAGAUGUCUGCUCUGAUACUCAGCGUGUCCUCUGGGUUGAGCAUAGGCAAAGAGGGCCCCUAUGUACACAUUGCGACGUGUGUGGGCAACAUCCUCUGCCGUCUUUUCUCCAAGUACGAUCGCAACGACGCCAAAAGGCGCGAGGUCCUCUCUGCGGCGGCGGCCGCUGGUGUUACUGUUGCCUUUGGUGCUCCGUUGGGCGGUGUUCUCUUCAGUCUGGAAGAAGUCUCGUAUUUCUUCCCCGCCAAGACCUUGUUCAGGACAUUCUUCUGCUGCAUAGUGGCGGCUUUGUCCCUCAAGUUCCUGAAUCCCUAUGGCACGCACAAGAUCGUCAUGUUUGAGGUUCGGUACUACGUGGAUUGGGAGUACUUUGAACUCGUCAGCUUCAUUUUCACUGGUUUCAUCGGCGGUGCAGUCGGCGCCCUCUUCAUCAAGGCAUCCAAGCUCUGGGCUGAGAGCUUCCGGCGCGUUCGCGUCAUCAAAAAGUGGCCACUCCUCGAAGUGUUCAUCGUUUCGCUUGCGACUGCGCUGCUGAGCUACUGGAAUGUGCUCACUAAGCUGCCUGUCGCCAAGCUUCUCCUGAAUCUCGCCUCUCCGUGCGACGAUCCGAACAUCAGCAAGGAAGAGCUUGGAUUAUGUCCCAGCUCUGUGGAGGAUAUCCCCGAUAUCCUCGUCACAUUGCUUGUAGCUUUCCUGAUCAAGGGCUUCUUGACAACGAUCACAUUCGGCAUCAAAGUCCCUAGUGGUAUCUAUGUGCCGUCCAUGGUCACAGGUGGACUGCUGGGCCGCAUGAUCGGCCAUCUCGUGCAAUGGGCUGUGCUCAAGACCCCGGAUUGGCUCUCCGUGACACUUGCCGUAAUCUUGUUUGAGAUCACCGGCAGCCUCGACUAUGUGCUGCCCUUUUCGCUCAGCAUUCUUGUGGCAAAGUGGACGGCUGACGCAAUCGAGCCCAACAGCAUCUAUGAUCUUCUCACGGCAAUGAACUCGUAUCCCUUCCUCGACAACAAGCACAAGCCAGUUUUCACGGGUGAGCUGUCUGAUAUCCUGCCACGGGUGCGCCGGGAGCGAAUCAUUGAUAUUUCCAACUCACCCGUCAUUCGAGCGUCGAAGCUGCGCAGCAAAUUGGAGCUGUUGCAUCGCGCCGGUGAACUGGAUGGCGGUCUGCCACUGCUGCGCAAUGGCGUUCUCGUUGGUCUGAUCCCAGCUCCCGAUUUACAGUUUGCUCUGGAUCAGCUGGAUGACGAGGAGAGCACGCUUUGCGUAAUGGAUAGAAUUCCUCACGCGAAUCAAGAAGAGGAGAUCUUGGACGACCCGAGCGACUUUACCAAAUACAUUGACCCGGCGCCCGUAUCACUUGAUAUCAAGUCACCAAUGGAUCUGGUGUACGAAUGCUUUUCGAAGCUUGGAUUGAGAUACAUCUGUGUACUGAGAGAGGGAAAGUACGCAGGCAUGACUCACAAGAAGACAUUUGUCAAGUACAUGCGUGAGCAGCACGAGGAGGAAUACUCUAUAUGA